AGUAAAAAGGGCAUUUGUGUGUGUGGUAAGGUAAUUAUGGGGGCAUGGAUGAGAAACCCAUGGUCACAGAUCUCUGAUGAAGUAAAAAAAGCUUUUUCUGCAACCAACCAACAAACAAAGAAGCCACACACCAAAAAAUUCCAAAAAAGACCAUACCUUUACUACUUCCUUCUUCACUUUAACAUUCUUUGAAACCAUACAAAGACAAAAGCAUUCCUUCACAGUUCACACCCACCACCACUAUCCUAAUCCCAUUCUCUCUCUCUCUUUCUCUCUUACAUCUCUUUCUACCUGCUUCAACCAACAUGUCAUGGCCACCUCCCUCCUUUUCUGUGUUAUUUGACUUAAAAUCUCUGAUUUUGCAUUCCUUUUAAAAAUAAAAUAAAGAGGUGAAAAUGUCGGGGACUAAACAAAAGUAACCGUCCCUGGUUGUUCUGUCUAGUUCUCUGUUGUAUUCUCUCUUGUGCUUUUUUGGUACUGUGUACUACUUAAAAACGUACUGAAUUCAAAUUCAAAGUCAAAAAGUAUGAGGAAACAUGGAUGGCAGUUACCUUACCAUCCUCUUCAGGUGGUAGCUGUUGCUGUGUUUCUGGCUCUGGGGUUUGCCUUCUAUGUGUUCUUCGCUCCUUUUGUUGGAAAGAAGAUGUAUCAGUACAUUGUCACUGGCCUUUACUCACAGCUGAUUAUUAGUGUCUUUGGACUGUACAUAUGGUGUGCAGCAGCAGAUCCAGCAGAUCCAGGGGUUUUUAAGUCCAAAAAGUAUCUUAAAAUCCCAGACAGUAAAAAGCUUGCUGAACUAAAGAAUUCUAAACUAGGUGAAGAAUCAACUUCAUCAAUGCAUGAAGCAAAUGCUUCAAUGGUUGGAUCUAAUUCUGUGGAUAAAGAGGCAUUGGGAAAAAUACGAACUUCAAAAGAUGCUUCGAAUUCAGUAGAGAAGAGUACAUCAUCGUCUUGUUCAUCCUGUAUCCUCUUGGUUUCUUCUCCUUGUGCAUAUAUCUGCAGCUGCUCUAGUCCAACUGAGAAAUCUUCUGAUAAACAAACAAGUGAAGAUGGCAUGUUCUAUUGCAGUUUGUGUGAAGUUGAGGUUUUCAAGUACAGCAAGCACUGUAGAGUCUGCAACAAGUGUGUAGACCACUUUGAUCAUCAUUGCCGAUGGCUUAACAACUGUAUAGGCAAAAAGAAUUAUCGACAAUUUUUCACCCUCAUGGUUGCAGCUAUGCUCUUGUUUAUUCUUCAAUGGUUGACUGGGAUACUUGUGCUUAUCUGCUGUUUUGUCAAGAGGAAGGAAUUUUCUGUGGAUAUCUCCUCCAAGUUGGGAACCAGUUUCUCUUUGGUUCCCUUUGUUCUUGUGGUGUCUAUCUGCACCAUUCUGGCUAUGAUUGCUACCUUACCGGUUGUUCAGCUUUUCUUCUUUCAUAUUCUCCUCAUUAAAAAGGGACUCAGCACAUACGAUUACAUCAUAGCAAUGAGGGAGCAAGAGCAGGAGCAGCUAGGAAAUGGAGGUCAGCAAAGUCCCCAAAUGUCAACUGUUAGCUCAUUUACUGGAUUGAGUAGUGCAAGCUCCUUUACUACUUUACACCGAGGUGCAUGGUGCACACCCCCUCGCCUGUUGCUUCAAGAUCAGUUUGAUGUGGUGCCCCCAGAAACAGCAUCUGUAAGUUCAGUGGGGAAGAAGACAAUGAGAGAAGAUCCAUUAAAGAAAAAGAAUCCUGGAACAGUCAAAAUUAGUCCUUGGACAUUGGCACGCUUAAAUGCAGAAGAAAUUUCUAAAGCUGCUGCAGAAGCAAGAACAAAAUCCAAAGUUCUGCAGCCUGUAACAAGACAUGGUGAGGCUAUCAGGCUAGAACCAGAAUGCAGUUUUAGUAGCAGUGGCCGAAGAAUGGUUCCCAGAAUUGAGAGCAAUAAGAAAGGAGCUAGUAAGCGGAUUCAUCAUCCCGCCAACUUGUCUAUGGAGUCCUUGACAAAAGUUUCUGCCAGUAAUACUGAUAAAGGCUUGAGUGGGAUGUCUAGGUUGGCCCCUCUCCCAUUUGAAGCACACAACACAUUUCAAACAAGUCAACCAAUGUCAAGCUCAGCUGGGAUUGUUCCUUCAUCUCCUGAAAGCAGUUUAGACUCUCCUGAUAUUCACCCUUUUAGGGUGUCUUCAUCAGGUGCUGAAAAAGCAAGACAGCUUGCAGUUGCAGGUGCUUCAGGUGCUGGUGCUGCAACUCUGAAGGAAAUUUCACUGUCAGGUUCAACUAGUGAUGGAUAUGAGGCUUCUGGUGGGGAAGAUAGUGACCGGGUUGUUCCUUUUAGGAUUGUUCAGAGAUCUACAAAUUGGACUAAUCUUUUCAGAGCUGAUCAGGAUGAGAGGGCUUUUAAAAAGCCUCAAUCUUCAACCAUUGUUGGUCAUAGAUAGUAGAAAGUUGUCAAUUAGAUAACUAUCUUUCUGACUAUUUCAUGGGAAUUAUUCAUUCUUUGACUUAUGAGCUAGAGGUACUUAAACAAUCUAAGAUGAUGCUCGCAAAUUUUGGGAUUUGGAAGUAAGGCUUGAGCAUGUGUAUCAUGUGGGAACUUAAACAACAGAAAAUACUGUUUGGGCCCACUCAAUGUCAAAGAAUCUUAUAAUCUGGAAGUCAUAGAACACAUCCUUUAUGCAUCUAACCCCUUUGACAAGUUUGGAGUGUGUUCAGGUCGUACAUGAAGAUCCAAACGACAGGCUUCUCCAAAAAUGGAUAAAACCAACAAACUUGUCAAAGGAGUUGAAUGGAUGAAGGACAUGUUUAAUGACCUAGUUUAUGAGAUCCUUUGACACUAAGUGGGUCCAAAUAGUAUAAUUGUUGUUGUUUAAGUUCCCACACGGUGAAAUUUUCCCACAUGAUACUAAUUACCGAGCCACAAGUUGGUUGAGUUUGUCAAGUUUCAUCCAUUUUUUGGAGAAGCAGGUUGUUUGAAUCUUUGGGUACGGACCCAGACGAGCACCCGAACUUUUUAAGUCUUAGAUGGGUAAAGACCAUGUUAUUUUUAUCAGGAGAAAUCGAAGUGGUUGAUUUGGGAAGAGAAUUAUUCUCUCUACCUCCAAGAGGCUAACAAUUGGCUAAUUUAACAUAUCUUCAAUUCA